AUGCCACGUGUCCCCCGCAGGCUGCGCCACCGUGGUCCCGACUGGAGCGUACACACGUUCGGCAAUAACUUCCUCGCGCACGAACGGCUAGCCGACAUCGACCCGGCGUCCGGCCACCGGCCGUUACGCAAAGAGGACGGCAACAUCGUGGUGGCCGUCAUCGGCGAGAUCUACAACUACCAGCAGCUGAGGGACGAGCUGCAGCAUCGCCACACGUUCAACACUGGCAGCGAUUGCGAAGUCAUCGCGCGUCUC